UAACAUUGGCUUUUGGAGGUGUCAAUUUAUUAGUUUGUAGGGUUUGUGUGGCUGGAAAAACUGCAAUGUAGCAGGCCACCUCGGUGAGCAAAGACUGCACGUACAUCAGAGAAGUGGUCUACAUAUUGGUAAGAAACACACGGAGCCGGGACGUAUGAUAGUGUGUUCUUCCUCGAGGUUGUGUGUUUGAUUCUUUAAAGUCGUCACAGGCAGGUUUUAGUGGUGUUUUAAAUCGAAACUCUCGAAUUGUUUCGAAGGAGCAACUUUUCAGGACAGUGACACGAGCUCGGUAAGCGGUUCUUACUUCUGCUCAUUUAUGUAACACUGGGCUGGACCUGCGGAGGGGUCUGAUCCAUUAUCAUGGCACCAUUUAAUACAUCUGGACUGAACAUGGACCACAAUUCGUGAUGUUAUUGAUCAGCCUUUGAACUGUGCCAUUAAAACUUGGUUAUAAGUUAGCAAAGCUGGAGUAAGAGUGUUGCAUCCGCAGUGUGAAGUUUGAUAUGAGAUUUUUCAAUGUUUUAAUAUGAAACAUGUUUCUGCAGGCUCCCUUUGGCGCUGGUAAACGGACUGUAAAUUGUCUGUUUUUCUUGUAUGAUCUGGAUGAAUUGCGUUGAUAUUGAUAAUACAUACCUUCUUAUAUCUAGAUUGUAGUUCAAGUUUGUCUGGGUUGCAUAUUUGGACCUUGUGAAUUUCAGGCUAUUGUUGUGUGCCGGACUUCGUUAGUCACGCCCAUCUCCAUCCCACCGACAGGCCAACAUGUCUGUAUCCUUGCGCAGGGAUUUCCUUUUCUCAUCGCUCUUGCUAGAGUUCAAAGACAUGACAUUGUGUUCUUUAUUUGGGUGUAGGGCCAAGUUUGAUUUCUAGAAUAAUCUUUGGUUCAGCCAGUCAUUAUGAUUCAUAAUAAUGCAACUUCACUUAUGACUGUGAUAAGUGCUUUCACUUUUUUAUGCAUGGCCUUCAUAAGAAACAUAAACUGAGACUGGGAUUAGUGGCAGUAAUAUCACCUGUCAUAACAAAGACCAUUUAACAAAUCCUUGUUCCUUGUCCUUGUUCAGUACUUCCUGGAAUAUGUCUGGCAUGGUUUAAGGAAUCAUAUUGUGCUCUAUUGUUCAUGCAGCAGGCACUGGAAACUGGCUGAACAGCCUACAUCUGCCUAACAUGACUGUGCAACUGUGUGUAUUUGCAUUUCGAUGGAUAGUUUGGGAAAUAAACAUCUGUAAAAGAAACCCUUAACCCUGUUUUAACACAUGGUAAAGUAGUCUUUAUGUUCAGAUUUGAUGGAUAGUUUGCAACAUGACUUUAAAAAUAAGAGUAUCAAAAAGACUGCUGAACAUACUAGGUUACUGAUGUUUCUGCAGAUAAAAUACCAAGGAGCUCUGCAUGUCUGCAGCCAAGCCACAUAAUAGAGAUGCUUAACUUAGUAGAGUUUAAUUUUAAUAUGUCAGUGCAUGGAAAUGCAUGGUUGAAGUAGUUAAACUCACCUAUUUGUAAACUAAUCUAAUUGUGCCUCUUGGUCUCCUUUUACCUUUUAAAUAGUACCAGAGGAAUAUUAGUUUAUUGCAGUUUUAGGUGUAAUAAACAAGCAACAGAAAGUUUGGUCAAAAGUGAAUGAUAAUAAUAAUAAUAAUAAUAAUAAUAAUAAUAAUAGUAAAAAUAAAAUUAAUACAGACAAAAUCAGAUAAUGACAGAGACGAAAGAAGUCACUCAUCACAUUGAAUAUCCUGACUGGGCUACCCUUUGAUGUGAUCCUCUGUGUUUUCACAUCCCCUGAAAUUUACACCAUGCAGAUGCUUUUCUUUCACUUACACAGGAACUUGGGUCAUGGGAACUUAUGCUUGCAUCAUCCUUUAUGUUUGAAAAAGCACCUUGUUCAUCACUGUUUUGACUAAAACUGCUAUGACUUACUCUGGAUGUCCUCGGGACUUUGACACGAGGUGGGUUUAAAUUGACAGGCAUAUGUUUUAUUGGGGCCUUCCCCAAAUUCAGCAGAUGUACUCGAAGCUACAAUACAGCACUGUGUAAUGGCUGGUACAUUUCCACAGAGGUCGUUUUUACGCUUUAUUUACCACUCAGAACGUGAAGGAACAACAGUGGCCUCAAACCUCAGAGGACUGAGACCAGAUUUGAUUUGGCUAGUCGCAUGGCACUGCUUUCGUUCUAUUAUUUAUCUUAAGUCAUCCUUUUUUUAAAUCUUUAAUUUAGGUCAAUCUUGAUUAUUACCUUGCAAUACCUUAUAUUUGAUAAUGGCUAUGCGCAUCUUUGUUCUCAUGAAGUGACAUGAAACUGGACUAGACUCCUGAUUUCUGACAAGUGCACUGCGCAUGAAUAAUGCCAAUGUGACUUUAUAGCCAGCCACAGACUGCUCAGACUUUGUACUUUUAUUGCAUCAAUGCGUAAAGGUUAUGUAAGGGACUGAAAAAGGCUUCAGUUUGUAAUUUAAUGUAAAUGGAGGAGACGACUUUCUGUUGGCUUUCCUGAGUGUCUGGUUAUUGUCAGAGUGUAGUUUUACAGCCCUCGGGGGAAGAGAAGAGCCUGCUGUUGGUAAACUGAGAAGGCUAGCAUAAGUUACCGUAUGGAUCUGGUGGAUAAAAGCAGUCUUUGUGAGCCAUAAAAUGAGCAUGGUUAUGGAGGAAUGUGAAAAGUCUAGUUUUAUAUGAUAAAGUAGAGUAUGUUUUUGAGUUUCACAUCUUUAUCGAUGCUGGCUCUUCAGAAGAUGCAAAGAGGAAGUGUGGUUUUACUGUCAGGGAGUCCAAAGUUGACAUGAGACCAAAGAUCAUUCAGUGCUAUUUGUUCACUAAAUUGACAGCUGUUCACAUUGCCCUAUAUUUCUCUGUGUAGGCGUAGAGUUUCACUGAACAGGAAGUGACUUUGCUGAAUAAGAGGCCUCCUGAGGGGCUGUUUUCAUUUUCAGAGAAAAAGGACAUUUCGCAGUUUCUGUUCAAGAAAGACAUUUUAAGAGCACCUAACAGCAGUUCUGUGUUUUUUUGUUUUUUUGUUUUUUUUUUCCUUCUUUGCCGUUAAAUGUAUUCCUUCCUAGACUUACUGCUCUCCAUCUUAAUUUGUGUAGGUUUAGGAGGCGUUUGUCAGGAUGGCCCAAUGGAACCAGUUACAGCAGCUGGAGACCAGGUAUCUGGAGCAGCUCUAUCACUUGUACAGUGACAGCUUCCCAAUGGAGCUGCGGCAGUUCCUUGCCCCGUGGAUUGAGAGUCAAGACUGGUAAGAAAGAACUGACCUCCUGGCUUGUUUCUCUAAUUUAGCAUCAUGUGCAUUUACACAGAACUUUUCUUCCUGACUUUUGGCCUCACAGCGUGACUGGCAGAUAGCUUUUCCAUGCACAUCUAUUGUUUAACUUUUAUUGAGAUACUCUUCCUUGUAAUGCCAUUGUCUUUGACAGGAUUAUAGGGAACUCAUGGUAUAAUUAAUCGUAGUGCACAGAAACUUUUCAUGCUCGUGAUGAUCUGUUUGUCUGUUUUUCCUUUGGUUUGUGUGUUAACAAGUUAGACAGAUAGAAAAUAGAUUUAAAAAUACAGCUUUAAUAGUAUGUUGAAAUGUUUUUAGGAAUAAGUAACUUGCAGAUUAUUCUGCAGAAGAUCAUUCAGGCAUUCUUGCCGCCACAGUCAGACAACCAUCAUCAACUAUGUGUUUUCAUGACGAUCAGGAUUGUUAUAAUGGUUCAGUAGUCUCUCUUGCACAAACUGCACUCAUCCUGAUUAUCUUUUCCUCAUCUUUUAAAGGGCUUAUGCUGCCAAUAAGGAAUCGCACGCUACAUUGGUGUUCCACAACCUCUUAGGAGAAAUAGAUCAGCAGUACAGCCGCUUCCUGCAGGAGAACAAUGUACUCUACCAGCAUAACCUGCGCAGGAUUAAACAACAUCUGCAGAGCAAGUACCUGGAAAAGCCAAUGGAUAUUGCCCGCAUCGUUGCCCGCUGCCUGUGGGAGGAGCAAAGACUGCUGCAGACUGCUACCUCUGCUGCACAGGUACAGAAGAGCUGCACUAACCCUGCUGUCUUGUUUAUAUUUCAUCAGAGAGCUUCAGUCUGUAUGUUUACAGUUGUAAAACAGUGAUGCAGUGUAUCACAAACAUGUUGGUCAGUGCAAUCAUUUUAGAUUUUCCUGCAGGAUGGACAGGCAGCUCACCCCACUGGGACGGUAGUGACAGAGAAGCAGCAGAUCUUGGAGCACAACCUUCAAGACAUCAGGAAGCGGGUGCAGGUGAGUUUCCAUCAGAUCUUAAGUUAUCUUAUUUUUUUUAUCCUUAUGGUAUACAAAAAAAAUGUUCACUCAUUGCCUCUUUUUCUGCAGGACAUGGAACAGAAGAUGAAAAUGCUUGAGAACUUACAGGAUGACUUUGACUUCAAUUACAAGACACUGAAAAGCCAAGGAGGUACGAGCUAGUUAUUCAACCUCAAGAGGGGAUUUUGUUUUCUUUGAUUAAUUUAAAUCCAUGCUAAACUAUCAUUUUGUGAAGAAUAAAAAAAGACCUUGCUUUAAUUUCUGACCUGCGAUAUGUUCACCCACAUUGAAGAGUUGUCCCAGGACCUAAAUGGAAACAGCCAAGCAGCUGCCACCAGACAGAAGAUGGCUCAGCUCGAGCAGAUGCUAAGCGCCCUGGACCAGCUCAGGAGGGUGAGUGUCUUUUCUUACCUGUGUGAGGAAUGUUAGGAUGUUAAGCCAUCAGUUUGAUAAAUUUAUUGCAAUCCUUCAUAAUGACAAACAGUUGUGUCUAAUAGCUGCUGUGCUUCUAUGUUGUAGCAAAUUGUGACAGAGAUGGGAGGCUUGCUGACUGCCAUGGAUUACGUGCAGAAGAACCUGACAGAUGAAGAAUUGGCAGACUGGAAGAGGAGGCAGCAGAUUGCUUGCAUUGGUGGUCCACCAAACAUCUGCCUUGACCGCCUCGAAACAUGGUAACCAGGGAUGCGAAUAGUUGAAUAAUGUUCACUAUGUCUUCAGUUUCUUAGAAAUAGUUUUCUUUUUCUUUUUUUUAUUUUUCUGUUUCGCGUACCUUGACAUGUUUCGGCGGAAACUUCUAUCUUCCUCUGGAGUGUCACUCGGUGGUAGGUGUGAUAUGUCAUAUCAGCUGGUGUUACGGAGACAUGACCCUCCUGUCAAUUUCUUUUUUUUUUUUUUUUGUUGGACAGGACGGUCAUGCCUCCCACUGUCUGUUCACCUCGGCAGGACGCUGCUCCAGGUGUGUGAGAGCAUGUAUGCCCUCUCAUCCCUGUUCAUUGUCACUGGGGCCCGUUUCCUAAUUUCAAUGGCUUCCCAGAUAAGGCCGGAGUCAUCUACACUGAGGACAAUGAGCACCAGUGCUGGAUUAGGGAAGCCAUGAAAAUUAGGAAACAGGCCCCAGGGAUGAUGAACGAUAAACAGGGGACGAUAAACAGGUAUGAGUGGGCAUACAUGCUCUCACACACCUGGAGCAGCGUCCUGCAGAGGCGUGACCGUCCUGUCCAAAAAAAAAAAAAAAUGAUAGGAGGGUCAUGUCUCUGUAACACCAGCUGAUAUGACAUUUCACACCUACCAACCACCAAGUGACACUUCUGAGGAAGGUAAAAGUUUCCGCCGAAACUCGUCAAGGUACGUGAAACAUUACAUGUCUGAGAUGAAGGAAAAAAGGAAAACUAUUUCCAGGAAUGUGAAUGUUAAGCAGUUUUUUUUAAUGUUCUUCCAAAAAAAAUGUGGUAUUCGCUCCUCGGCUAGUUGGUCAUGUGUUCGCCAUGAUGGACUGGCGACCAACUUCUCUAGGGGCUGGGUUAGGCUCAAGCCUUGUGUUAGCCCAAACUAGUCAAGAAGAAAAGAGAAUGAGCAUUUUCCAAAUGAUUUUUAGCAACUCAUAUGGGGCGAUUUUUGCAAAUCCAAUCAACCAAAUUCUGUUAUAAUGAUUUUCCUUUUUUAAAUUUUUUAUGAUCUUUAUAUUUUACGAGUAUUUUAGGUCAUUUGCACUCUUGUCAGCUCCACCAUUACUAUUGGGAGAGAGUGAAAGCAAGGAAUUUUUCAUCAGGACAUUUGACUCAAACAGGCUUAUUUUUUAACCAGGAUCACAUCUUUGGCUGAGUCCCAGCUGCAGAUCCGCCAGCAGAUCAAGAAGCUCGAGGAGCUCCAGCAGAAGGUGUCCUACAAAGGAGACCCCAUCAUUCAGCAUCGGCCCGCCCUGGAGGAGAAGAUCGUGGACUUGUUUAGAAACCUGAUGAAGAGGUACUGUAUGGGCUUCAUUUUCCGCUGACAUCAUGAUCUGCACAGAGCUUGAGGGUUCUAGUUAACACAAUGAUCCACUUUUGUCUUGUAGCGCUUUUGUGGUGGAGAGACAGCCUUGCAUGCCCAUGCAUCCAGACAGACCCCUGGUCAUAAAAACAGGAGUACAGUUUACAAAUAAAGUCAGGUAAGAUGUUGCCUUGCAAAAAAGACAACUCAGGAACAACAUACAGUCAUUGUUUAACACAACAGCAGCUGCAUCAAAUGACAUGUGUAUAUAUACCAAGAACACUUGUAAACAAUGUAUAUUUUCUCUUAUUGUUUUCAGGUUACUGGUGAAGUUUCCUGAACUCAAUUAUCAGCUGAAAAUCAAAGUUUGCAUCGAUAAGUACGUUACUUUUCUUUUGUGGUAGAAUUGAUAUCAAGUUUCAAUGAGUAGGUACAGAAGAGGAUUAGGGCCCCUGAAAGGAAAAAAAAAAAGUCAGAUACAAUUUUUUGUAAUUAUUAUUAUUUUGAGAAAAAAAAGUCCGAAUUUUGACUUUAAACUCAGAAUAACUAUUAAAAAAAUAUUAAAGGCCUUUUAUUUUUUUUUUCUCCAGUGGCCCUAAUCUUCUUCCGUAAUCAAGUUUUGAUGAGUAGGACAUGUGCAGUACUCAUUAAAAUUGUUUGUUUUUCAGAGAGUCUGGUGAUGUGGCUGCAAUUCGAGGGUAAGACUUGGAGAACAUUUUUGAAGACAUUAAAUGUGUAUUAUUCUAAAAAAAAGGUCUAACCUCUUGGUACGUCUGAUUUCCUUAGGUCACGGAAAUUUAACAUCCUGGGAACCAACACAAAAGUUAUGAACAUGGAGGAAUCCAACAAUGGCAGCCUUUCAGCCGAGUUUAAGCACUUGGUGAGUAAUCAGAGUUUCCACUAAUGGAAAACUGAUAAUGUAUGAUAUGAAGCAUUAACUCCCUGUUUUGUUACAGACCCUGAGAGAACAGAGGUGUGGUAAUGGUGGCAGAACCAACAGUGAUGUGAGUAUUUCCCCUGAAGUUUGGUAUAAAAGUGCAGUUGUAAACUGAAACGGUUGUAAAAUUGCAUUUUGUGUGUAAGGUUAAGAGGUUUCGCUUUCACUUCUACACCUCUGCAACAUGAACAUCUGCUCAUUUGCUUCCUCUAGGCCUCGCUGAUUGUCACAGAGGAGCUACAUCUAAUCACCUUUGAGACAGAAGUCUACCACCAAGGCUUAAAGAUUGAUCUGGAGGUCAGUAUUGUGUUUCUGUAUCACGAGUUUGGACUUCUUUUAAGAAAAAAUUUCAGUUUAUCUUAGUUGGAAAAGCAACCAUUAACAGCACUAAACUGUGAGAAUAGGCCAGUUGUGUUUCUUGACACCCCCGACCUUAUAAGCGAGCAGACUAAUGAGUCAUUGACAAAGUCCUCCUCCCUUGGAGACUGUCACCCUUGGGUGUAACUUCAAAAUAAUCCUCCCCCACAAACCCAAACCUUGACCUGUCACACAGAUUUUAGAGCUAUCUCGACUCAUGGGUUUUUAAAAAAGAAGACUCCUUGAGUUUGCAGACAGUAGGUGCGCUGGUUUCAUUGAAGUCAAGUAGGUCAUUUGAAGGUCAACCUGACGCAUUUUGGACUUCAGGUGUGUGACAUUGACUCAAAUCUUGACAAGCAGGCACAAUUCCCCGCACCCCUAGCAUAACUUCAUAUUGAAACAAAGGCCGGAGGGAUUAUUUGUUCGUAGCUUUUCUAUUUGGUGAUCUGUUUGCCAACAGGGGGAUUAUUUUCCAUCUAAUAUUUGUUUAUUUUACAAACAUACUCAAUCGAGUUCCUCUCUGUCUUUGUUCAGACUCACUCCUUGCCUGUGGUGGUCAUUUCAAACAUCUGCCAGAUGCCAAACGCCUGGGCUUCUAUCCUGUGGUACAACAUGCUCACAAACCACCCAAAGGCAAGACAGCACCCCCUGGUGGAAAGGGGCUAAGCUGAUCCUUCUUGGCACAUUAUAUGAUGUAGUGUGAAAAUAUGUGUUUUGAACUGUGUUGGUCUGUCUGUCUCGAUACAGAAUGUGAACUUCUUCACCAAGCCUCCUGUGGGGACAUGGGACCAGGUGGCUGAGGUUCUCAGUUGGCAGUUUUCCUCCACCACCAAAAGAGGUCUGACUAUUGAACAGCUCACAACUCUGGCUGAGAAGCUUUUAGGUAAGGUUUCAUGCUAAGAGGUUUCCGCAUGCAUCCUUUGUUUCACUGUGUUGUACAUAAGCGUGUGUUAAUAUUCAGUAUUUGUCCCUCCAGGACCGUGUGUCAACUACUCUGGCUGUCAGAUCACUUGGGCCAAGUUCUGCAAGGUAAGUCACCUACCAACCACACAGGAUUCAGAUUGCCAUCUUGCUAUUGUUCAGUGUGAGUUAUUUUUUCUCCUUCCUCUUCCCAGGAAAACAUGGCUGGCAAAGGCUUCUCCUUCUGGGUGUGGCUAGACAACAUCAUUGACCUGGUGAAGAAGUACAUCCUGGCACUGUGGAAUGAAGGGUGAGAUGUCAUCCUUUGUUCGCAGAAGAGUCCUUGAGCAGGCAGAGAGAUUCGCCAUAUAUUUUCUAGUAGUUUUCUUUGUAAAUUAGACAACUGAUUAUACUUCUUCCUGUCCAUUUUCUCAGGUAUAUCAUGGGCUUUAUCAGCAAAGAGAGGGAGAGGGCCAUUCUUAGUCCAAAACCUCCUGGCACUUUCCUUCUGCGCUUCAGCGAGAGCAGCAAGGAGGGGGGCAUUACAUUUACUUGGGUGGAGAAGGACAUCAGCGGUGAGUUUUUUGACCUACUUGUAAUAUUUUCAAAAAAAGAUUGAUGAACGUUCGUAUCACUGAUCAUUCAUGAAUGUUUCCAGGAAAGACCCAGAUCCAGUCAGUGGAGCCCUACACCAAGCAGCAGCUCAACAGCAUGUCUUUCGCUGAUAUCAUCAUGGGCUACAAGAUCAUGGAUGCCACCAACAUCCUGGUUUCACCUCUUGUAUAUCUCUACCCUGAAGUCCCCAAAGAGGAUGCUUUCGGCAAGUACUGCAGACCUGAAACACUUCCUGAUUCUGAUGCGGCAGGGGACUCGACAAGCAGUAAGUCUUUGCACUGAUUUCUUUGCAGAAAAACAAAAGUACUUCAGUAUGCAUUUGAGAGUUAACGUUUUCUUUUUCUAACAGCUAUUCAGCCGUACUUGAAGACAAAGUUCAUCUGCGUUACCCCGUGAGUACCUUUUUUUCUUAUUAUUUGAUCAUGACAUUUCAGUCUCAAGCUUUCAAAGGAAGACAUAAUGUCAGCGAGCACUUAGCUUUAUGGUGGCCCUUACGAACUGCUGACAUAAUGAAAAGAGGUUUCCUCACAAGAUCUACGCUUCCUUUUUUAGGAAUAAAUAAUAUAAAGAAAGACAGGAGGAAAUCAGUGAUAUGAGAGUGAAUGAGACAUCACCUCAAAACAUCUCUGUCCUCUCAUUUGACCAUAUUGAGUAAAUUGAGCUUGGAAAAGGUUGGAAUUAAGUGUUAACGUCUAUUUGACAUCUCGUCUAAGUUUAGACAGAAAUUCACCCGUCUAUAAUCGGUCUAUAUUUUAGUGAAUCAAGAUGGUAGAAUUUAAUCUAUUAAUUAUUAAAUAUUAGAUAAAAUACAACUGUAAAUUGUAUUAAUGAAAGCCAAGUGUUGGAUUAAAACGGUUUUAACUGUCGAUGAUCAAUGUACAUUGUAGUUUAGUCUAUUCGACGGCUAGUCUGAGUUUAAACGGCUAAAAAUUGUUCAUUUUUAGACCAGUGGUAGACUGAUUUUAGCCCAGAGUCUAAGGACCAUUAGACGUCUAUUUAACAUGCUCGGUUGGUUUCUAAAGGAUCUUCUGUUUAAUUUGAAAAAUAACCAUGUGACACUUAUUUUUCCUCUUUACAAGCAAAACUACAGAUAGUAAAGAAUUGUGUCUGUUCUCAGUCCAAAGCGAAUAAACUUACCCAGUUAUGAUGAUACUCCUAAGGUUGUUGCUAGUCUUUUUUUUUUUUUUACUUAUCAUGGUUCUAGACCUUGAAAAAUGCGUUUUCUUUGUGAUGGCGUUUGCAUUCUGACAUUUUUGAAUGUCUAAGGAAGGCAGAAAUGAUUAAGAUCAAUUCUGUAAUUCUGUGGAACCCUGUGCUGCUAAAACGUAAAGAUAAAGAAACUAUCGAUUCAAAAGAUAUCAGAUAAACACAGCCGCUUGUACUCUUCUGACUCUGUCACCUACAGAGCAGAACACGUGUUUGUAUCAGUAACCUGAUAUGUGAGAUAAACCAAAAACCAGGAGCGAGCACCCAGGACAGGCAGCCAUUCUUGCUGUAUUUGGUCGUGAGUUUGAUGGCAUUGAGAGGUUUGCUCAGUGAGAUCCUGACCUGUCUCCGUAGGUGUCCCUCCGUGUUCAUGGACUUGCCAGACAGUGAGCUGCUUGGGAACGGAUUCCCAGGGUAGGCCUUUGUGGGGGGAGGCAGCAUGUAGGGUUGUGUGUGCAUCUUGUCACUCUUGUUUGUGUGUUUUUCAUGGGUGGGUCACAGGGGAAUUGUUCCAGUCCCCUCACUUACAUAAUUCCUGUUAUUGUUUCGAACUCACUACCACUUUUCCUGUCCCCUAAUACAAUAGCAUCUACAUGUCAAUCAUCCUUCUCCAUUCGAAUCAAACUCAGAAAUUCUCAGACAUCUGUAUCAUGAUUCCUCAGCCAGAACCUUUCAUUUGUACCCCAUUAUCAUAUGAGCUCUCUGAUAGUAGAAGGACAUAGGAAGACAUUUUUUGUACUGUUAUUAACAUAUUUUGUAGGUUAUGGCCUGUUCUGUUUAUUUAAUCCACCGCGCUAACAAACAACUGUACUGACAUUAACUGCAAAAAAGUGUCAUUGACAUCCAAUCAGUGUAAUACCGAGAGCGAUUGUGUUUGAGUACUCCUAGCAUUGCCUAAACUACAAUCAGGAAAUAGAUCAUUUGCUCAAAGUCUGACCAACCCUUUCCUGGUUUGAUUUUAUGUUUCAUUUUAACAAACAGCCAUACUUUUUUUUUUUUUGUUGUUGUUCAUUUUUUUUUCCAUCCUCCUUUUUGUCCUUAUGACUUAGUGCAAACUGAGAGACUGAUCACAUAUUUAUCUCUAAAUUGUGGGUUUGACACUGCCGGUUAAUCAUAGACCUCUCGCCGGUGAUAACUCUGCUGCCAUAGUUGCGAUUAUAAACACGGACAAACACAAGCUGGGGACUUUUCGGCAGAGAAGCCUUUGUUUCCCUUGUACUGCAAGUACUCAGACUAACACAGUUCAAAAGAAGCAUCUAAGUGUGUGUUUGACCAGCAGUGAACAUUUCAUUAAAUAUUUGUCUUCUCUCUGUCUGUCUUUUGCAGCACAAACUCCGGAAACACCAGCGACCUGUUCCCCAUGUCACCUCGCACCCUCGACUCUCUGAUGCAUAACGACACUGAAACUAAUCCAGGACAUUUGGGUGAGUAAUAAACACAAGGUGCACAAUAGUUGAUGCAGUGAUGUUGCCCCUAACGGAAACUCUAAAACCCUGAAUUUGCUCUAAUCUGGCCUCUAUUGAAGAAUAUUAAUAAUCACUUGUAUUUGGAUUUCUUCUGCAGACUCGAUCACUUUGGACAUGGAUGUAUCAUCCCCUACCAUGUGAAGAGAUGUGUUGACCGUCCUCAUUUCUGUCUUUGUCUGGAUUUGAUGUCGUGUCCGGAUUUCUUUCUUGCCCUGUACAGUUAGUUCUUGUUUCUGUUUAAACUCUCCAUCACACUGAAGGGGAUCGGAUAAUUCGAAAAACUCUCCUUUUGAAAAAGUGUUUUGGACUGUCCACCUACAGUUUAUUAUGUGAAGCUGUUGACUGAUAUUGAUUUAUCACAUUGUCAGCAACAUCCUGCUCCUUUUUGAGUAUUUUCCUAUAAUCAUAGGUAUCCUACUAUUUUGAAUUAUAUUUUUGAGAGCAUUGUAUUUUUGCGUUAUACACUUUCAGAAUGAUUAUAUCAUAUGUUCAAAAAAUGUAACUAGUAUUUCUUGUAUAAGCUAUGCCGCUAAAGAGUUGUGCUUUGAGAAGUUUUAACAGUCUUUUUCGAGGUGUUUUUGCGUACUAAACCACAUGCCAAAUUCCUCUGUCACAGGUGUUCAACAAUAUCUUUAACAUAUUUUUCAUUAUUUUUCUCAGAAUGAAAUAUUUCUAAUAUUUCUCAGCAACAUUCAUAGUGUUAAAAAUGUAGAGUUUAGAGGAAAGAGGUGAUGUGUAGUUUUAAAUAUGAUGUUAUUUCAUCAUAGUGUUGUGAGAAAUGAUGUGACCUUACCUGUAAAUGUAGCGCACUAAAUGUUUUAUUUCUCCCACUUAGCUGUAAUUUGUGAUCACUGGUAUUGCAAAUGCUUUGGAAAUUGAUGGUUUUAAUUAUUAUAAUUGUUAAAUCCUGAAGUCAUCUGAUUUGAUGUGUGAUUUCAAAUCAUAUUUUUAACUGUUCCUAGAAGCCACAUUUGUCCUGUUGUGAAAUGUCGAGACAAGUUUCCUGUAAAAUACGCUGUAACUAUUCAUUGUUUGAUGAAAUGAAAUAAAAAGUAAUUUACCACCAGUUAAAAACCGA